AUGGAGGGACAAGAGUGGCGGGGCGAGUGGCAGCAGCCGAGGCAAAACGACGGUGUGUCGGCAAGUCAGUGCCCGCGGAGUAGCAGCGGAUUCAUUUUGUCACAAUCGUUGGUGGAGAGGCUCGGACGAGAUCACGAACAGCCGGGUCUACCUACCCUGCAUCAUCCCAUCAGAGAUAAUUCGACAUGCGAACGCAGUACGUAUUCGCCGCUUCAGGCACUCAGCGAGAGUACUUGCCGGGACCACGGCGCGCAGCCGGCGCCUCCACCGCAACCGACCCUACCACGAGUUCAAAGUUCGUCGCAAAAUGUGACGCUUCACCCGGCGGUGUCGCGAUGCACGGCGACCCUCGAGCUGGCGGCUCUCUGGCGCAGCUUCCACGAGCUGGGCACAGAGAUGAUAGUCACGAAGGCCGGGAGGCGGAUGUUCCCAGCGCUGCAGGCCAGGCUGGGGGGGCUACUGCCCAACGCCCAGUACCUACUGCUGGUCGACUUCGUGCCGCUGGAUGAUAAACGAUAUCGUUACGCUUUCCACAGCUCCAGCUGGGUGGUGGCGGGUAAAGCUGACCCGAUAUCUCCGCCCCGGUUCCACCUGCACCCGGACUCGCCGGCCCCAGGCUCGCAUUGGAUGCGCCAGCUCGUCUCCUUCGAUAAACUCAAGCUCACCAACAACCAGCUCGACGACAACGGACAUAUUAUCUUGAACUCUAUGCACCGCUACCAGCCGCGUUUGCACGUGGUGUACCUCCCCGGCGAAGGCCAGGCCGCUACUCCGGGCACGGUGCCCUACAGGACCUUCGUGUUCCCGGAGACCGGCUUCACGGCGGUCACGGCCUACCAGAACCACAGGAUAACCCAGCUCAAGAUAGCCAGCAAUCCGUUCGCAAAAGGUUUUAGAGAUUGCGACCCCGACGACUGGUAA